GGCGUAGAAUGCAAUCAGAAGCGCAUCGUCCGUGAGUGGAGAGUAAAAGGAGGGAAUGAAGGAGAAGACUGAAUCAGUGUCCACAUUCAUUCAUUCAUUGUUUAAUGGUACCCUCUUCCCUCACAAAAUUCAAACCCCUUUCAAUGCCUUCGCCUUCGCCUUCGCCAUUUACAUUACAUGACAUGGCAUAACACACACCACUCUCUCUCCCUAUUUUCCACACCAAACCAAAACAAAACCUCGUAACCUCAUUUCACAAGGUUAAGGUAACUCCCAGAUUCACACCCAACAUUUUCUUCUUGUAAUCCAUGAAAUGCAAUUAAUAGCUUAAUAUUGAUCAAUAGAGAAGACUAGGGGACUUGUUUGCAAUGUCAACUCUGAGCAAUUCAACGAAUAUAUUUUGGCAAGAUUGUCAAAUAGGAAGGCCUGAAAGGCAGAAGCUACUUAACCAAAAGGGAUGUGUCGUAUGGAUUACUGGACUCAGCGGAUCAGGAAAAAGCACAUUAGCAUGUUCCCUAAGCAGAGAACUGCACUCAAGGGGAAAGUUAUCUUAUGUCCUUGAUGGAGAUAACCUUCGGCAUGGACUAAACAAGGAUCUUGGUUUUAAACCUGAAGAUCGCACUGAAAAUAUUCGCAGAACUGGAGAAGUAGCAAAACUCUUUGCCGAUGCUGGUUUAAUAUGUGUUGCCAGUCUGAUAUCUCCUUACAGAAGAGACCGAGACAUCUGCCGUGCAAUGUUACCUGAUAAAAAUUUUAUUGAGGUCUUCAUGAACAUGCCUCUAGAAUUGUGUGAGGCACGAGAUCCAAAGGGCCUCUAUAAGCUUGCCCGUGCUGGAAAAAUCAAAGGUUUUACUGGCAUUGAUGAUCCUUAUGAACCACCCAUAAAUUGUGAGAUUGAAAUAAAGCAAGAAGGUGGAGUUUGUCCAACACCCACUUUGAUGGCAGGACAAGUAGUUACUUACUUGGAGGACAAAGGAUUUCUUGAAUGUUAGGAUUUUGAUAAUUAUAUCUAAUGGUUGAUCAUUUGUAGUGUGAGUAUUCUCUAAUAUAAUGUUUCUUUCAAAUGAUGUUAAAAUUCUAGGAAGUGCGGGGUAGGAAAGUGGUCAGAGAAUUAAUGCACUUGUAAAAUUCAAUGAUAUAUAAUUUUUACAAUUCAUUCUAUAGGUUGAUCAAGAAGUUCAGGAUAUUUUUGAAC